CAAAAGUGGGGUAAAUAGUCCUCCCUUUCAUUGACAUAACCAAAUCAGAAUAAAGAUUAGUUGUAAUAGGUUUGGGCUCAUCAAAUCGCGAAUCUUAGGAGACAAAAACCGUUUAGUAGUUCGAUCAACUUGCUGAAAGUUGUACCUUCAUUGCAAUGUUCAAGAUGUAUUUGCUCUUAUUUCUGAAUUUUUUGGUUAUCCAAAAAAAUGAAGCAAGUCCUUUCCUCUAUAACGUGGCGAGUGUACUCACAUCAGCAAGUGGAGCCAGUUCUGUCCCUCAAAACAGCGAAAACAUCGCAGACUUGAGAAAGUCCGACAGACAAGUGGCUCAACCAGAUACAGAUCCUGUUAGCGAGAACGAGAACGGAUUCGUCUUCAACGAAGAUCCCCAAACGAACAAUGGAUUUGUGCCGAAUCUCAUCCAGAAGAAAGUGAGCAAGCUCUUGAGGAAAUUCCUGUAUAUAAACAUGUUUGCGAAUUCCGGAAACAAACCCACUUCCACGACCGAUGAUGAUUUCGACAGAGAAAAGGAAGAAUUUGAUAAAGAAUUCGAGCAAGAUUUCGGGAUGAACAACACUAGUGUUAACAUCACAGGCAUUCAUAGCGUUAUCGAUGUUGUACUACCGGGUAACUCUACCAACGAAAAUAUCGUGCUACCAAAUGAAAUAAUACUUUUCGACGAAAACGGUAAAAUCGAAAAUACGAAGGAAACUAAGAAAACUAAGGUUCCCAUGAUGGAUAAAAGAAAGGAUAAAAUUCAAGAUGGAACUUCUAGGUUUUCACCUGGUGAUGUUGGGGUGUUUUUCGUUGAAUUGUUUGGUAGCCUUGUUGGGUUACUGUAUGGUGCUGCAGCUCAGCUUAACAGGCCAUCUGGAUCCAACAACCCACCUCUCAUAUGAAUUAAUAAUUAUUUGGCCCACUUGAACCCAAUAAAUUAAGUAGUUGGUACUCACAAGAAAUUAUCUACGUACUUACAAGUAGGUCUUAAUUAAAAAUUUUCGAAUUUCUUGUAAAUUUUAUAUAGACCGCCUCUUGACUAGUCCAGAGAAUAUAUUGUUUAAUAUAUUGUUAUUUUUGAAAUUUU